CAAACAUUGUGGUGCGAUUGCAACUAUCAUUCUCUCUCAGAGCCUAUACCUCUGCUGGCAUUGAAGUUUGAACUUGUCUAGGAAAAUUGUGAUCAAUUCUUUGACAGUUCACCUUCAUUUCUUUAUUUACUCGUUAGCUUUCAUCUGAAAAUUCGUUUGAGACAUCGCUACGAUUUCCUCUUUGAAGGCAACCGAAUUGGAACGUCAGCCAUUGCUACCAAUUCCCUUUAUUUGAUAUCUUUUUCUAAACAUUUAAUUCUUUUUUUUUUGGAUUUUAGGUUGAAUACUCAUAUUUUAACUUUGACUUUUGUUGUUCACUAGUAUUCGCGAAUAUGUUGUCCCGUAGCGCCUAUCGUCUUCUUUCUAGAAAUGUGUUCAAACAGGGUGGUAAGUGUUUCCAGUCGAACUUACACUCUCCUUCUUCCAAACUACCCUUUUAUCAACGUCAUUGGAAACUUCUGAGCUUGAUUACCAGUUUCUCUGCUGGUUGGAUAAUUUAUGACAUUUCCGAUGUUCGAAGCUUCAUUCAUGGACGCAUUGAAAUGCCACUAUUUCAUGCUUUUACUUCUCCAGAAUUCUCUCACAGUGUCGCUGUCAUGGCUGCUUCUUGGGGCAUUACCCCUCGUGAUUUUACUCCUGACGAUCAAGCUUUAGCUGUAGAACUCUGGGGAAAGAAAUUCUCAAAUCCCGUCGGUUUAGCUGCUGGUUUUGACAAACAAGCUGAUGCUAUACCUGGCUUAUUGAAUUUUGGAUUUUCGUAUCUUGAAGUUGGUUCGGUUACUCCUUUACCUCAACCUGGUAAUCCUAAACCCAGAUACUUUCGCUUGAAGCCCGAUUUGGCCGUGGUUAACCGCUAUGGAUUCAACUCAGAAGGCCAUGAAGUCAUUCUCGAGAAGAUACAGAAACGUAUUCGUAAACAUAUAUCUAAAAACAAGCCCGAACUCUUGAAAUCCUAUGACGAGAACCCUGCUGCCUACACGGAUCCUUCCGUUCUUGGUGUCCCACGUAGUUUGCUUCCCAACAAGUAUUUAGGUAUUAACUUGGGAAAGAACAAAAAUGGAAAUGAGGUGGAAGACUACGUUACUGGUGUCCGCAAAUUCGGUAACUAUGCCGAUGUUUUGGUUAUUAAUGUUUCUUCUCCCAACACCCCUGGUCUCCGUAGUCUCCAGAGAAAGUCUGCCUUGACCGAACUUUUGUCCGCUGCCGUUACUGAACGCAAUAAGUUGAAUGCUCCAAAUCCUCCUCUAGUAGUUAAGAUUGCUCCCGAUUUAUCCGAAACCGAGCUUUCCGACAUUGCUGCUGUGUUGAAAAAGUGCAAGGUUGACGGUGUUAUUGUCGGCAAUACUACCAUUCAACGCCCAGAUACUCUGAAAUCUACGAAACAUGUUGAAGAGACCGGUGGUUUGUCUGGUCCUCCUUUAAAGCCGAUUACUUUGAAUACCCUCCGUACUUUGCGUAAACAUUUAUCUUCCGACAUCCCCAUAAUCGGAUGUGGUGGAAUAUCUAGUGGUAAAGAUGCCAUUGAAUAUGCUCGUGCUGGUGCUUCUAUGGUUCAAGUGUACACGGCACUUGGCUAUGAUGGACCCGUUGUCGCCCAUAAGAUCAAGCAAGAGAUUCUUGCAGAAUUGAAUGGAAAGCGUUGGGUCGAUAUCAUCGGUAAGGAAGAAUAAAUGCUUGCUACCUUGCUGUUCGUGCUAGGUUGUUGAAGUCGAAAUUUUAGAAUUUAAAAUGUACAUAUCUUUUUGGUCCUCAACUUAAGAAAAAAUAAUCUAUACUUUCACCAUAUCAUAAUAUUAGUUAUUAAUACUUCAUAGAAAUAAUAUUGAACUUAAUACUUCGU